CUCUUCUCAUUCCUCUCUUUCAGUGUGUGCUCUGCGUGAAAAUUUUCUUGGUUUCUGCUCCACUUAGUUGGAUCCCAAGAUACUCUUUUCCCUCUCUUACACUAUUCUGCCAUUUCUGUCUCUAAUUUAAUUCGCACCUGAAAAUCUGCUGUCUAGUUCAAUGAAAGCAAGAAUGCAGAUGUCAUCAUCAAUGGUGAAGCAAGAAUUCUUCAAGAAAUGGAUAAAGGGCAUGCAGAUACACAGCGCCUUCAACAAGGAGAUGACGAUUAUGGAGAGAAAGAGGGCGAUCAAGCUCUCCGCUGACGUGGCGAUCGCCUCCACCAGAAGCGCCGCCACGCAGUGGAGCAGGGCCGUGGUGGCCGGCGUCUCAGCCUCCGCCGCUGGCGCCGCCAGAGCGGCGGCGGAGGAGAUCCUGGGGCGGAAGCUGCCGGAGAGGAAGGCCCUCGCCGCCACAUGCAGUAAAAAAAUCGUAAGGAGGAGCCGCCAGCGCCGGAGCAAGGCGGCGCGGGGAGUUGUACGUUCGAGCGCCGCCAUUGCGAAGAAACUGGUGAGGAAUCGGACGCGCGUGCUUAAAGGGCUUGUACCUGGUGGAAAGAAAUUGGAUGAGAUUUCUUUGAUUAAAGAAACCCUAGAUUAUAUUGCUUCUUUGCAAGUGCAGGUUGAUGUAAUGAGACAUCUUGCUGCUGCAGCUGAGAGCUUGGAUCAUCAACAAAUCUCAUUUUAGUAUUUUAAAAAUAUAUAUUUUUAUUAUCUAUUUCCAGUUCUUUUUUUUUUUUUUGAAAUAGUUCAUGAUGAUGAAGGAAAGAGAGCAUGUAACUCUUUGUACAGAGAGCACUGAUUUUAGCUUAAUUAAAAGAAUUAUAUUAAGUUCAUUGA